AGGACAUUGUUGGAUAAUGUGUCUGGGUGUGUCACUCCAGGGAAGCUAACAGCGUUGAUAGGUGAGUCUGGUGUAAGGAAGACUAUGCUGCUGAACAUGUUGUCAGAAUGCACAACUGGUGGUGUCAUCAUGGGAGAACGCUUCAUGGACGACCGGCCUCUCCCGUCAGACUUCUGCUAUCAGACAUGA